ACCUUUGAGGACGACUCCGGCAAGCUCUGGCGUUUCAGGUACUCAUAUUGGAACAGUAGUCAAAGCUACGUGCUGACCAAAGGGUGGAGCAGGUUCGUGAAGGAGAAGCGGCUGGACGCCGGAGACGUGGUGCUGUUCUUGCGCCACCGUCUUGACGGCGAACGGUUCUUUAUCGGGUGGAGGAGGAGAAGCGGAAGUGCCGGUGCUACGGCAGCUGCUGCAGGUGUUAAGGAACAAGGGAUGGGUACAGUUGUCGGAGGUGGGUGGGGCCAAGGUUACUAUCCUUAUCAGCUGCCGGCAGAUCUUCCAUACCACCCGGACUACUUUCAUCAUGUCGCUGCAGGGUCAUCAUCUACUACAGAAUGCCAAACACCAUCAAGUGGGAACUCAAAGACGCUAAGGUUGUUUGGGGUCAACAUGGAGUGCGGCCAAGCUGCUGAGUCGGUCACGCCAGAUGGUUCGACCACGGCUCAGACCGGCCAUCACUACUUAUACCAAUAUUAUUCCAACCCUAUUGCUUCCUACAACAACCACUACACUCACAUGCAGCAGGAUUUGGGUUACUCAAGAGAUAUCAAUCUGAUGAGAUAUCACCAGGGAUAAGAUAUAUAUGUGGAGAAGACUGACUAUGCAGAAUAUAUAUGGGCCACGUGCAAAGUCAAAAUAAAAUAAAAUAAAACAAUUCAGUGGAGUGGAGGGAAUCCAGGAUUUUGUGGCAAUUAAUUGUCUUUCUAAAAAGGGGUAGGUUCAUACAAGGGCUUAUCAAACAAACCCUUUCCAAGUCCAGGGGGAUGGGAAAGAGCCCACAUCAGAAGCCCGCGGGGAAAUGAAAGAGAGACAAUAGCUGCUUCUUGGUGGGGGUGGGGGUGGGGUUAGAGGGCCCACAAUGUAUGUCAUCAAGGGGAGAAUCUGGGUCACUGCCACCGAUAAUUUGUAUUGUGCUGCUGCUACAACACAUGAUGGAGGAAGAAAAAUGUCUUUUUGUUGUCUACAGUUGAGAAGUCAAGUGGACUCCAUUGAAACUCUGCCUCAACUAACCCCUUGUGUUUCACUUCCCGAUCUUUUUUCCAUUAUGCUUAAGCACUUAAGCUACAAUGUCACAGGCUUAGGUUCCUUUGUUCAAGUCUUUGUACAUAUAUUCCCUUUCUGUUAAAAAACACAAAGUGUAAGUUUCUAAUGAGUAUUGGAUAUUGCUUUAGACAUUCAAAAUGUUGUAUUUACCGAUGGAAAUCAAUAGAUUCAUAUAUAAUCAGGGGCG